CAACCAUCUGAACGGGUUCCACUUUCACCGUCGCAACGCAUCAGUUCACUGGUGGUUCCAGCUGUUGACGAUCGACGAUGAGCUCCGCCACCCGAUUGGUCCUGGACGACGACCAGAAGUUCGCCCUGAUGAGAUUGCGGCGCAACAUGCAUGACGUGCUCCAGCCCCACCACUGCGACGUCUACUUGAUGCGCUGGCUCAAAGCGCGCAACUGGAGCGUGGAGGGGGCCGAGAAGAUGCUGCGCCAGUCGCUGAAGUGGCGCGCGCAGUGGGAGGUGGACGCCGCCCUCUCCAGCUGGUCGCCCCCUGAAGUCGUCCAGCGCUUCUACCCCUAUGGGAUCAGCGGGGUGGACAAGGACGGCGCCCCAGUUUGCAUAGUGACGUUCGCCGGCUUGGAUCUGCUGGGGCUGCUGCACUCGGCCUCCAGGCAGGACCUGAUCCGGACCACCAUCCAAAUCCUGGAACGCGUCGUGGCAAUUGCCGCCCAAUCUGGCAUCCAUGGACUGUGCGUCAUCUGCGACAUGGACGACUUCAGUCUGCGCCAGUACACGUGGAGGCCGGCCGCCCAAUACGUCAUUGCGCUGUUGCAGAUGUACGAGGCCAACUAUCCGGAAAUCCUCAAGGCCUGCUUCAUUAUCAAUGCGCCGCGCGUCUUCGCCAUCGCCUUCAACGUGGUCAAGACCGUGCUGAACGAGAACACGCUGGCCAAAAUCCAGAUUUUCAAGCGCGAGCCGAGCAAGUGGCAACAUGCCAUCCUGGCCAACAUUGCGCCUGAUCAGCUGCCCCGCCACUAUGGCGGCCUUCUGGAGGACGCGGACGGCAACCCGCGAUUCACCACCAAAAUCAACGUGGGCGGCAAAGUGCCCAAGGCCUACUACACCAAAAAACUGCCGGUGCCUGAGGAGGGCGACCGGGAGCGCGCAAGCGCCGUCAUCAAAAAGGGCGGCCAACUGGUUCUGGACUUUCCCGUCACUGAAGAGCACUGCUUUUUGAGAUGGGACUUCCGCACUGAGGGGCACGAUAUCCGCUUCGGGAUCACACUAAAGGACGCACAAGGGGAAACUAGCGCGGCCGUUCGAUUCGGCAGGGUGGCGUCCCAUCAGCUCGACGAAAGCGGAGUGCUGGCGUGCCAGGCACCGGCCACAUACACCGUUACAUUCGACAACAGCUACAGCCUGUUGCGCAGCAAGCGGCUGCACUACAGCGUCUAUCUGACCGAGCCGCUUAACAAGAUUGAGAUCUUACCUAGGGAGCAGGCUGGGGAGGCUGGGGACCCGCGGGAGACCGCUUAGGGACUGGACUGAGACGUCUGGCUGUUAGUUUAACUGAUUAUAUUGCUGUAAUUCUC